UAUGGUCAAAGGUCAACUGUCUGCUACAAAAUGUCAGAAAUAGAUGAACUCGAUAUAAAUCCAUUUUUUAUAGCUUUACAAAGUAAAUAUUUAUCAUGUUAUGAAAAGGCACAAGAAGAACGUAACUUGAUAUGUUUACCACAAUCAGAAUGUCUGCAUGGUGUAAGAAUAACAGACAAAUUUGUUGAAACUCAUAUUUUAAAACCUUCACCUUUCUUUCAAGGUCAGUACAGAACACUUCGAUCAGAUAAACAGAUAGUUACAAUAGAAGAUGAUGGGGAUUAUAUCUAUUGUCAGGAAGGUUUUCCAACAAAGACAAAGAUCAAGAUUAUAUGUGAAGAACUAGGAUAUAAUAAGGAAUAUAAACCAUAUAAGAUGUUGAUAAUUGCCCGUCCAUUAGACCACAAUGUUCUGAGACAAAGCAAAAUAGAAACUACUUCAAGUUCUGGAGAAUUUAACGUGAAAUGUUCUUUAAAGGAGUGCAGAGAUUACCUGAAAUCUAUACCAGAAGUUUCAAAACAAAUGAAAGAACUAGAUGAACAAAUACAGAAGUUUAUGAAGAGUUAUAUAAUAUUGAAGGAUUAUCUACUUGAGGCAGCACACAGACUGGAAACCAUGGCAACCACUACCUCUGAUAAAUGUAUCAAGAGUGUUAAAGAUAGAAAAUUAACGGACCAAAAGUUCAAAGACAUUGUAACUGCUGCUGUUGAAAUAUGUGUACUAGGAAGUGUUCAUCAGAAGUUAUACCCAAUUGUGUGUUCAAAAUGUACUGACGAGGAUAGAAGAAUGUUGACAAAGUGCAGAAAUCUUAGUGGUCUAACACCUGAACAUCUUGGAGUACCCAAACACUUCUGUUGUCCUGUCACAUCUGCUGUUGUUGAGUUAGCUCACCUUGAUGGUUUAGUAACACCUGUUGAAAAAAUGUAUUGUCUGAAAACUACAAUAGAUAAUAUAACAGAAGAUAUUAACAAGAAUAUAAAAGCUUCACAACCUCUAGGAGUACAAGAAGAAGAUAUGCCAUGUUUAACUUCAGAUGAGCUUCUUCCUAUAUUGGUAACAGUGAUAAUACAAGCAAAAUGUAAUCAUAUACACAGUGAUUUAUUCUACAUGGACAAUUUCUACUGGUCAGCUGCAUAUAGGGACAAAGAUACUUUAAGUUAUUGUAUGGUGACAUUUAAAGCUGCAGUACAAUACCUGAUGACCACAAGUUUUGAUGAUAUUGACUUAAAAACUCAUGGUGUUAAAAAUGAAAUGAGUGCUAAAGAACUGGUAGAGACUAAAAGAUUAAGUUUUAAUCAAGAAGAAGAACAGAAUGGUUCAAACAAUGACACUAAGGCAAGUGUGAAUUACGCCCCGUCAAAAUCCAGGUAUGACAGACAGAUGGACAAUAUAUCUAGGAUGUUAGAAGAGUCAACUAAACAGAUGGGAUCAAAGAAAGAUAAGCCUGUGAAACAGCCAGUUGUUGCAAGUAUUUUUGGAGGGCAAGUUACAUCUGUAUCUCCACAACCUGACGUUAUGUCACAACCAGCUCCACAAAACAAGAAGGAAGAUCUGGGAGAUUUUCUGUCGAGCCUACAGGAUGACAUGUUCCUAUCAUUUGGUAAACAGACCUGAGAUAAACCAGUCUAACAAUGCUUCAACUAUCCUCAUAUCAGAAUCAAGCAAAUCAUAUGUGACUGACUGAAGUGGACAGUGAAAUCACUUUACAUUCAGAUGAUUUGAUUGGUUAUAUUUGAGAUUUAUACUAUAUAAUGCAUUGACGUGUAAAUACACUGUGUAUUAUCUCCCUUGAAACAAUACACUGUAUUAUCUCCCUUGAACUGUUGUUUAAAUAUAAAUAGGUUCAUUGUUGCCAUUACUUUUGUUUAAAAAGCUUGGAAUAUUGUUAUUACUUUGUCCGUCUUAUUGGUCACACUCUAUGUAAUCAAUAAAGGAAUGGUUUGAAUAAAGCAUGUGAUAAUGCAUUUUAUCACAUUAUCCGCGGAGCAGAAGUGUAAUAAAGCCAUUUAAUAAAAACGAUAUUACACUAGUGUAAUAACACUUUGACGUGACGUCAUUUGCGCUAUAUAUAAACAUAGCGUUAAAGCGCGCUAAUGUUAGUGUUACACUUUAGACGCGUCAUUGAAAAAUUACUCAUUUUAACAGUUUACUGUUCUUAUUUUAUUUAUGUGAUAAAAAGAAUAUAAUAUUCGUGUAGAUUCAAUACUAAAUUUAUUGAACUCGUUGAAUAAAACAAUAUUAUGCUCGCCAGAGGCUCGCAUAAUAUGAUUUUAUUCAACUCCUUCAAUAAAUUUAGUAUUAAACUACACUCAUUCAAUAUCCUCUAUAUAAUCAAAAGAUUUACAAAUAUUAUUAAUUGUUAAGAAUUUUUUAUGUUUAAGGCUCAAACCUCAACACAACAUCAGUGAUUCUACUCGGUUCCCUGCUUGUCCCUGGAGGCAUGGAGAGGUACCUGAGGACUUUCUUUACCAGUAAAUGCUGGAAUCUUAGAAUGACAUUUACAGUGUUGGUAUGACUUAAUAUCCAAGGAAAACAAAUUUUGAUGUUAUUUAGCUUUUCUUUGGAGAAGCCGCCUGCUUUAGAAGGGGAAAAAGCCCUAAUAUGACCUAUACUGUG